GGUCCAGGUUAACCAGCUACCAAUGAAAAAAUAUAGAAAACAUUUCUUACCUCAAGAAUAAAGGAAUUGCAAGAUUCGUAUUCGGGUUUUUGGUAUUGUGUAUUUUAUUUUCGGUGAUCUGGGGAAUCUUAAGAAUUUAACCCCAACCAGAAUGGGAGAUCAGGCCCGGUUAUGUUAGAUAUACAGUAGUUCCUGGGUUCUGUGGCUAGGUUAGGUUAGGUUUGGUAUCUAAAUACAAGGAUGACCGAAACUAAAAUGUUAAAAAAUUUUCCCAUAGUUUUCCCAUAAAUGAAGAAGCAGCUGCCCACCCACUUCAGAAUGAUACCAUGUUUACAUGUAACUGUUGACUCUGAAUGCUAAACAAUGUUUUCCAGCUAGCAACUAACCAACCUUCUUUCCUUUCCCUACAAACCUACCUACUACCUGUAUAACCAAAAAGAACAAGAAAUAAUACAGUACUGUAAUAAUAUUAACUUCCAUCUUAUGAUAGAAUCAUCUUUCUGAAGAAGACUGGAAACAGGUUGUGGGCCUCUCAGGCCUGCCUAUUGUUCACCAUGAAGGAUAUGUCUGUCCCCUGCCACCCAAUCAUCGCUUCAAGAUGAUGAAAUUCCAUCACCUGUAUCAAAUUCUUUUAAGUGAUGGUGUUAUCAACAAAAAUAAACAAGUAAUACAACCUCGUCAAGUAAGUCAGGAGGUUGCUUCAUCUGUUCAUUCAGAAUGCUAUGUUAAGAAAUUUUUCAACGGCCUCACAUCACAGAAAGAGCAAAGAGCAACAGGAUUCGAAUGGACACCAGGGUUAGCCAGCCGAGUUAGAUACGAGACAGGUGGGACCCUCUUAGCAGCUAAGUUGAGCUUGGAGCGAGGGCUAGCAUGCAGUACUGGAGGAGGUACUCAUCAUGCUUUUCCUGAUCAUGGCUCGGGCUACUGUCUUAUCAACGACCUGGCUGUUGCUGCACAUAAUCUAAUAGCAUGUGGUUUAGCAACUAAAAUAUUGAUUGUUGAUUUGGAUGUUCAUCAGGGUGAUGGUACAGCAUUUAUAUGUCAAAGUCAUCCAGAUAUCUUCACACUGUCUUUACACUGCCAAAAUAACUUCCCACUCAGAAAGCAAAAGAGUGAUUUAGAUGUUGGGUUGGAAGUUGGUACUGGGGACAAUGAAUAUAUGAAAAUCCUAUCAGAACACCUACCAGCUGUAAUAGACAAUUUUCACCCAGAUAUAAUCCUUUAUGAUGCUGGAGUGGAUCCUCAUCAGAACGAUCAACUUGGCAAGUUAAAACUAAGUGAUCAAGGGUUGUUCAAGAGAGAUGUGUAUGUCCUAAAAUCAGCACUAUGUCGUGGUAUCCCUGUUGCAACUGUUAUUGGUGGUGGUUAUGAUGGCAUUAUGGAGCUCUCUGCAAGACAUACCAUUAUUCACCGUGUUGCUCAAGAAGUAUGGAAUACAUACCUUUAAACUUUCUGCAUAUUUUAAACUAUGUAGUUUACAUAAACUGGGAAAUAUGAAAUACAGAACAAAAGUUUG